CUUUGUUGCAAUGAAACGAUAAAAACUAAUCCAACGACCUUUGAACGUGAUAAACAAUAUCAAUGGCGAAAUAAUUAGAUGAUAAGUUUAAACUGUUUUUUCAUUUUUGCUGCUUCACUUUUAACAUCAGCGAAAUGGCUUCAAGAACUUUAACAAAAUUCAUUUUUUCAAAAAACUCAAAUACUUUAGUUAAUAAUGCGUUAAAGGGUCAAAAUGUGAGGCUAUUCUCUAGCCCAGCAGAAAACUACGAAUUCAUCAAAGUUAGCACAACGGGUGCUAAAAACAACGUAGGCUUAAUCCAACUGAACCGUCCUAAAGCCCUGAACGCCCUGUGCAAUGGCUUGAUGUCGGAAGUAGCCAAAGCCUUAGACUCCUUGGAAAAUAAUUCGACUAUUGGCGCAAUCGUAAUAACCGGAAGCGAAAAAGCCUUUGCGGCCGGAGCCGACAUCAAGGAAAUGCAAAAUAAUACUUACUCGGCUUGCGUCAGCGGUAACUUUUUGGAAGACUGGAACAGAGUCAGCAAAACUUUCAAACCUGUCAUUGCUGCAGUGAAUGGUUAUGCUCUUGGAGGUGGUUGCGAACUAGCAAUGAUGUGCGACAUAAUCUACGCAGGUGAAACGGCAAAAUUCGGCCAGCCGGAAAUCUUAAUUGGAACCAUCCCAGGCGCAGGUGGUACCCAAAGACUCCCCAGAUACGUGGGCAAAUCAAAAGCAAUGGAAAUCGCUUUAACUGGGGCUCAAAUAACAGCGCAAGAAGCUGAAAAAAUGGGUCUCGUUUCGAAAGUUUUCCCCGUAGACAAACUAGUAGAUGAAACUGUAAAACUAGGAGAAAAAAUCGCUAGUAAUUCAGGCCUCAUUAAUAAGUUGUGCAAGGAAUCUGUCAAUGCUGCUUACGAGACUACUUUGACACAAGGCCUGCAGUUUGAAAAGAAAUUGUUCCACGGUACUUUUGCUACUAAGGAUAGGAAAGAAGGGAUGACUGCUUUUGUUGAAAAAAGACCAGCAAAUUUUACUAAUGAAUAAUAAUUUUUUUACAAUACAAUUUAAGCCCACGGUUGUGUAAGGCCUUCAUCAAUAUUAAACUUUUCCUUUUCCAAUAUUUCAAUACAAUCUUCAAUAUUUUUAUAUGCAAUAUGCUUAUUUAAGAAUUUUAAAAUUAAAGAAUUGUUAAUUUUAAGGGCUAAUAGAGGGUUUAAUUUCUUCAUGAACCAAUUUAACCAGUAACCCAUCAAUAGUACGGAAUCUGUCUGAUUUUCAUGUGU